AUGACAACAUCCAACUACACAGAGAUUCAAGAUAAUUUAGCUCGUGGAAUCUUUCAAUUUUCGAAUGGCAGCUAUAUAGAAUCACCGGUUCUACCGAUAGGAUGGUGUGCAUCUGCCGGUGGAUUGUUUACUACCGGUCGUGACAUGUCGAAAUUCAUGAUAUUCCUGCUCAAUUCGCUGUACAGUAACAGCAACAACUAUGUGAAUGGCACACAAGAAGCAAUUGCUUUGAUUCAAGAUGGUUCAUCGGCGUAUGGCACUCCAUUCGAGAUGUACUACAAACAAGACAAUCAGAUAUGGUCAAAGAACAAACUAGGCAUUCAAAGUGGCUACACCGUCAACAUGGCACCAUUCCAAAUCGGUCUGUUCUUUGGCGCCACUCUCAAUAUUGACUCUGAAGAUGUAUUCACCAGUGACGCCGUUGAUAUUCUACUGCCUGUUUAUCAAAAGCUACUAUUAAACAAUUCUCUGUCACAUAAUAAUAACGACAACAAAAAUAAGCAUAAGCAUAACAAAGAAAAAGAUAGAGCAAGUACAAGCUCAAAGAUGUCAUAUAUGGGAUUAUAUAAAGAUAGUAGUACAGAUACAAUAUGUAAAACUAUUGAAAUCGAUUCAUACAACAAUGAACUCAUCUACUUCACCACCGACACCAACAACCCUACUCGUUGCAACACCAUACUGAUAGCAGGACAGACUUUACAACUCAUUACUGAAGAUCCAGACUACAUCACUGACAGAAAUAAGAUUGACUGUUUCUCUCAAAUCAUAACGAUGAAAAUUAAUUAUCUAUAUCUAUUAUUUAUCUUUUCACUUUUGUUGUUGACUUUGUCAGCUUCACAAUUGGAGAAUAAUGAAUUAUUAUCAAUUACAUUGACUCUUUCACCAACAACAUCAGCAUCGACAUCAUCACAACCAACUUCAUCUUCGACUUCAACUUCCUCGACAACUACUACCAGCACCACUGGUACAACAACAACUUCACCAAUAUCAACAGGUAUUUCAACAUUACCAGCAACAACAAUAAGUUCAACAACAUCAAGUAAUUUGGAAUAUCAACAACAAUUCACAGACUGGAUGAUCCAAAACAAUAAAUCAUACACAAACAAUGAAUUCUUGACAAGAUUCAAUAUUUUUGUUGAUAAUCUGCUUUAUGUAAAUCAAUUUAAUUCGUUGACUGGAAAUGAUACUGACGCCAUGAAGUUGGGAAUGAAUGUAUUUGCUGAUUUGACACUCGAUGAAUUCACCAACAUAUUCCUUGUGAAAGAUUUAUCAAAUUUCUCAUUAAAUUCAAACACAACCACUUCUACAAGUACAUCAACUUCGAGUACAUCUUCAACAACAACAACAGGAGGUGGAUUAUUAGGAGGAUUACUAACAUUAACAAUUGGUACUGGAGGAUCUACAUCUGGUGGUGGUGGAUUGUUAGGUGGUCUUUUAACAGGUUCAUCUCAACCAUCAAAAUCAUCUCUCAGAACUUUAAUGGACACCACUGUAGAUUGGAGAUAUGAUCUAUCAGGAGUUAAAAAUCAAGGAUAUUGUGGAAGUUGUUAUGCAUUUGCAUCGUUAGCUCCACUUGAAGCUUUUUUAACAAGAAGAGGUCAAAGAGUAUCUCUAUCAGAACAAGAAAUUGUUGACUGUUCAAAAAAUUUAUAUAAUUUAUUUACUUAUCAGAAAUAUAUAGCAAGCUAUGGAAAUCAUGGUUGUAAAGGAGGUUGGAUGACAGGUGUUUAUGAUUAUAUUAUCAAUGCGGGGGGUGUAAGUUCAGAAUCAUCAUAUCCAUACAAAGAUGCUGUUCAAAAAUGUAGACCUGUUGGAGAUAAAUAUGCAAGAGUGGCUAAAUAUAUUUCAGUAACCAAUCGAGCAUUAAUGGAAAUUGUAAUAAAAGACUUAGGACCAGUUGCUGUUGCUUUACAGGCCGGUGUAAGAUCAUUCCAAAUGUACAGUGGUGGUAUAUAUAAUGAUCCAGCUUGUGGAGCAGGUCAAAUAGAUCAUGCAGUUGCACUUGUUGGUUAUGGAGAAGAAAACGGAAUGGAAUAUUAUAUUAUGAGAAAUAGUUGGGGUUCUGGAUGGGGAGAAGCAGGAUAUAUGAGAUUGGUGCGAUCAACAAAGCAUAUUAUGCAAUCAGAGAAAAAAUAUGCACAACAAAUUUCAAUAGAUAAUAUCGGUGCUAAAGUAGCUAAAUUCUACAAAACAAAGCAUAAAUAUACAGUCUCGACGCUUGCCUCUAAAGACUGUCUCGAAGCUGUAGCAAAAGAGUUCGAUGAAGGUAUCGAGAGAAUGUUCGGUCACACCCCUCUUCACUUCAGUCAUAGCUCAACCAAGUUAGUGAAAAACGAUGUCAACAAACCUAUCUGGAAAACGUCGUCGUGGUACUAG